CUCUCUGUUCUCGCUGAAUAAAAACUUUCAAACCACCUUUUCACAACUUUACUACGCACACCAAACAACAUCUGGGAUUGCUAAUCAUAAGCACUCGGCCAUAACGCAUGCAGGUGUCGUAAAACACAAAUCUGCUCUCUUUGCGCUGGAUACAUCAAAAUACCGCAUUUGCAUUACUCGUAGCCAGACAUGUCUUUUACGGCACUUCAAUCCGCUGGGAUAGCCGAGCCUAUCUUUGCUCUUGUGUUCGAGGAGUAUCUUCGGAACCCCCUUUAUUCUCACCAUGACUACAACAGCGCGCUAGUGGCCAUGAGUGACGCGCUUCCCGAGGUUCGCACAUCCAUCUACGACGCAUACCGACGCAAGGCGCUGAUUUUCUACAAAAGUGAAGGUGUGGUCGACUCAAACCUGGGCAAAAUCGAUCUCAUGGAUGAAGCUGAUAUUCAAAUCGAACAGCGCCGCCUAGCACGAGUCGAUGAGGUCGUUAUUAGCCUGUGCGAGGAGAACGUGUCCCUGCAAGACGCAUAUACGAGUUUGCUGUCGCUGGAUCCGCUCAAAGCACCAUGGACAUCAGUUAAGACACUGAGCCUGUUUAUUGACAGCGAGGAAGCUGACGAUGGAUUCCCAGCUGAUCUCAAUGCACAGCUAGCAGAUGCCUUUCCAAACCUUGAGACUGUAAUCUUCAAUUGCUCAGGCUUUCGGGUUGGUGAAGAGUUCUUUGUCAACGAGUUCUUGGUGCCAUUCAAGGGGCAACUGAAGAGUCUCUACCUCCUGCAGCAUCUCACCCAUGAUGAUAUUAUAUCAUUACUUUUCUCGCCAGAUAACUUUGACUACUCGCUGCUAGAAGGUCUUCGAUCGCUUGUUGUCAGCAGGGAUGCCAUCCAAGGAAACUUUUCGGAUCCCAACUUGCCACACGAUUUUAGCCAAGUAGCGCUUCAGCAGUUGCCAGAAACAUUGGAUUACUUUGAGCUGGCGCAGUGGGGACACGGAGAGUUCGACUUUAGCGGGAACCUGAGCUUUGGCAAUAUCACAGUGUUGAACUUGGCCGGGGUUCUCGUCGAGCCCCAUGUUGCUGACUGGAUUGGUAGCCUCCCUAGGCUCCGCCACCUUUCCAUCGGUUUGUAUUUUGAGUGUGAUCCACUUAUGAUCCAUCCCUAUAGAGCGCUGGCUGAGAGUGGCGACAUUAGCAAGCCGCUUCAUACGUGCCUCGAAUAUCUUGCAGUUUUUGACCAUCAAGUGAUGGGUGAGGGGCUGUCCGAUCUCGAGCAGUAUCCAUACGACCUUGAGGACAACGAUGUCGCCAGUAUUGCUGAGUUUGUGGUGCGCGUUCCCAGCCUCGUCACAUUUGCGACUAACCCAUUUGUUUUGGAGGGGGUGAAACAUAUGGUCAAUUUAUACAUUGGUAUCCCCUAUAACAGCCCCUACACCAGGCACUGCAAGGACAUCCAUUUCAAAGAGAUAGGAUACGUUCGGCAGGAGAUUCGCAGAUUUAGUAACGAAUAUGACUCGACUAUAUCAGACUUGGCGGAUGGCGGCUACGAGUUUGGUAUUUCAGUACUAGCAGAUACCCCGAGCGGUGACUUGGGUAUGUCAGAGCUGGAGGAUGGCACAAGCAAAGAGUAUAGCUUUGAUUGGAUGGCUGACUAUUCCGAAUAAUAUACUGGCUGCCAUAGAGUCUACAGAAUGUAACCAACACACCUUAUGCACGGAUACAGUAUGAGCACUUCAGCUAUAUACAUUGCUCUUCCUCGUUAGUCUACUCGACUGGAUCAGGUAUCGAUUAUAAUGUAGCCUGCACGACUGAUGUUGUCCCCA